AUCUAGUGAGUUUAAAGAACCAACAUGCCGUCUUGCAGCGUCUUACUGGGUCUACUGGUCUUACUGGAGGGCGUGCUGGCUUACGCUCUGCCGCUUCAGGCCGUUUCAGAAAAGCUAAAAGAAAGUCACGAGUCCAUCGCAACUGAUCUGGGCCUGACGCAGCUGGAGAUCAACAGAGACCCUCUCUUUGAUUUUAUCAUCAGAACCAUCAACACCUCCUGCCAGAGAAAAGAAGACAUGCAGCUGAUGAACGCCACUCUGGACGUCUACCUGCGAGUCUUCUCCCAUGUCCGGUAUCACCACGGCAACCACCUGCUGGACAGGCUGAGCGAGCCGAAGCGGACCGAAGUAAUAAAACAUCUGGCCAAACUGGAGAAUAAGGCGAAGGAGCUGAAAAGCCGACUGAUUUGUCAAAAUCAAAACAUAGAGGAUGCGCUCAGUGAGCUGGAAAGAAUCAAGGUGGAUGACCCCAUGGUGCAGAAAAAGGCUCUGGCUCAGUUCCUACAGAUCUACCAGGCAGCUUCUGCUGUGGCAGAAUCCAACGCUGCUUCUGCAAAGUAACCAGCAAUUAUUCACCAGUUUGACUAAAAAUCGCUCUGCGAACCAACCAAAUCGUUCUCUCACUUUAACUUCUUAUUUAUAAUUAUUUACCUUUGUUUUUAUUUUUUUAAGUUAUAACUUGAGUUGAGCUGCCUUUAGGCCUGUCAC